CGCCCGUGUGCGGGUUUGUUGACGGUACUACAAUAACUUUAUUGUAAUAUUGUAGCUAAUAUUACAAUAUUGAAUUUGAUGAAGUUAUAAUAUUGUAAUUGUAGCUAAUAUUACAAUAUUGAAAUUGUGUUGUGUUGUGUUGUGGAAUUUUGUGUUCCCUGGAUUACUUUGUAUUAAGAAUAGUAAUAUUUUAGAAGACGAAAUGUCGCUGAAGAUGGAGAGUCUCCAAGUCCGUGAUGUGGUGAAGAUUUUCGAGCAUUGGAACAUGAGAGAGUAUAUCUCUUACAUCAGAGAGAACAGAAUAGACGGGAGAAAAAUUGUGGAUCUUUCCAGGGACUCGCUUGAGAAAUGUCCCGACGGCGUUGAAAGAUUUAUGACAUUCGUCGAAGAUAUGAAACGGGAUCCGAAAUAUUUGAAUUUCAUCAGAAACGAGGUAGUAAUUAAGGAGACAAAUCUGAUACAGGGGAGUCAGUACCAGACUGUAAGCGUAAGAAAGAUAAGCCAAGAUAACUCGAAUUUGAACACAGUGGAGGAGAUUUUGAAGAGGAUAACGAUACCAAAGAGAUUUCUGUACAGAAACCAGCAGAAGAGAACAGAGAAGGCGAUGACGUCAUACGUGCCGAUGGACAAGAACCCACAGAGGAAGAAAUUCUUCCGUCUAAGCAUAUACGACUAUCCAAUAUUCGAUAAUAGACCGAAACCAAAACCAGACGACGCUGAUAGAGGUUACUAUUGCAUAAACACAAAAACGGAAGCAAACAAAACAUACAAGAAAGUAGAUUUGAAGCCCAAAUACAAGUCGCUACCGAUGGCCAAAGAUGAUUUCGAUGAACGAAUAAGCGACGACCAUUUUUACGAGGAUCUAUGCUAUAAUGAUAUGUACGAGAAGAAAGUGCCUACACAAGAGAAGCCACGCUUAGCGAAGAUACAGGAGUUGUUUCAAUCCUUCAAAUUCCCGUUCUUUAAGAAAGCCGAAGUAGUAGAAGAGAAAGAAAAAGAGAAAGUUACAGAAGAAGAAUCAAAUGUGUAUGAAAAUGAAAUUGUGGAGACUCCGGCGGAUGCGAUGUACGAUUCUGUGCAUCCAGCUACUGAUGUUGAUGUUCCUGAGAAGAGUGACAAGUCAGACCUGAAGGUGGAGGAAUACUUGGAGCCUGUGGUGGUGAACAGGGAUUACUGCGACGUCAGCCUCAAGCAGAAGGACGACUCCCUCCUCAGCUACAUCAUGAGCUACUUCGAGACGCGCUUUGGGAGACGAGAAACACACGAGACAGCCCUAUCGGAGUCAGAAGAACCAGUUCCGGAUUCGAAAUGGGAGCGGAAGUCCAACAUGGCGGCUCGGCCGCUUCCGGUGCCCGUGGAGAACGAGAGCUUCUACAUGAACGUGGACCGGCGGGAAGCGGAGGACCUGCUGUUGGGCCAGCCAGAUGGCGCUUUCAUACUACGACCCUCCAGCCAGCCCAACCACGCCUAUACCCUAAGUGUCGCGUGCUCCAACAGCGUCCACAACGUGGGCAUUCGCCGGCGGGCUGACGGCAGACUGGCGCUGGGCUUCAGCCGCCGCGGGGAGAGGAGUUUCCCCAGCGUCGCCGCGCUGCUGCAGCAUCACAGGAAAAGGCGGCUACUGUUGGUAGCCGGUGGCGACCUCAUCGGAGCUACAAUCCUCAACGAUACUCCGCAAUACUACCAGACACCGAAGAGUCUGCCCAUAGCGCCAAAAGAUCCCACACAUCCCAACUAAGAGGGCUUACAUACGAAGGGUACUUUUCGACGGCACGCGUCGGCGGCAGACGACUGCAGCCGUCGACAAGUG